GCGGUUAAAGUGUUCUAACCGUCCUAAAUCUUCCAAGAUCUCAUUACAAGCAAGUUAAUUGCUUGACAAAAAAAAAAAUCUUGGAUAUUAAAAAUACAGUAUGGUAAAUAUAUUCGUAAUUCUUGUCUAUUCUAUGUGUUGUUUCUGCGCUGAACAUGUAUCGGAAAUUACGAGCGAAAUAUUCGACAUCGCAUAUAAGACAAAGAUAAUUUCCAGCGGAACAACGUUCAGAAAUUUAACGGCUUUCUCCAAAAUAUCCUGUGCCCAAUCCUGCUCCACAGAGACUUACUGCUGUUCGGCAAGUUAUGACAAUGAAACAAAUGCAUGUCAACUGGAUUACCUUCACCAGCCUUAUACAGAGCAAUCGGAGAGCGGAUUAUUAAUUAAAAAGAUGGACAUAACAGGACAACUACCGAUAAUGUGUUUGACGAGGAAUGAUUGCAAUGAAUUACCUAGUGGGACUUCUGAAGGAGUUUACACCAUCCAUCCCCCUGGCAGGGGUGUGGUCAAAGUCUACUGUGAAGCGGCUGGUUGGACGGUUAUUCAACGACGUCUUGAUGGAACAAUAGAUUUUUACAGAGACUGGGCCGAUUACAAAAAUGGAUUUGGUGAUGUUGGUGGUGAAUACUGGUUAGGUAAUGACAAUAUCCAUACAAUUCUAUCCAGGAGACCAUACACUCUUAGAAUUGACCUUGAGAAUUUUUCAGGCGAGACACGUUACGCCGAGUACACAACUUUCCAUGUUGGGGAUGAAACUAGUAAUUAUCUCCUGAAUAUAGGAGGGUACAGCGGAACAGCAGGUGAUUUAAUGGACCACAGUAAUGGUUUCGGGUUUAGUACGACUGAUAGAGACAAUGAUGGCCAUGCUAAUGGAGUGUGCACCGACAUGAGACAUGGCUGUUUUUGGUUUGACUUUUGUACCAUGGCAAAUCUGAAUGGAGUAUACUAUCCAGGAGGAAAUGUUGGGUCCAAUCAAGACGAUAUAUACGUGUGGUCAUGGGUCUAUGGACAUACCAAUCCAAUGAAGACAGUUGUUAUGAAAAUAAUAUAAAAAUUAGAUGUAAAUUAAAUGAAAAUAGAAUAGAAGUAAAGUGUACAUGAUGACACUGUUUCGGAUUAAGUGUAACAUGUGCAACAUCGUCACGUUAUUUUCAAAAAUGUUAUAGGUAUCAAUUAUUCAAAGUACUAAAGUAAACAGCAGACUGUACAUCAAAAUAAUUAUCAGGAAGAUAAUCGUUAUUUGGCUAAGUUAUGUUUAUUUAUGUAAUUUACUUCUAUAUUUAGUUUUUUAAUCAUAGAAGGCAAUUUAAAACAAGUGGUGACUUUAGUUUGUGUUCAAAACAAUGAGUGUGAACUUGUCAAUUCAAAUAAUAAAAACGUUGUAAACGUAUGCUGUUCAUAAGAAAACACAUAGUGACAUUGGUUUAAUUAAACUUAUAUUUUCGGGGAGUUAUCUUUAUCUUUGACUAAGACUUCGUGAUCUUAAAAUACUCCUAAGGUAACCACAUUUUUAUUAAGUGCCAGCUGGAGUCAGCCUCGGCCCCGAGUAUACGAUUUUUAGGCAGUUAAGCUGCCUUAUGCGAGCACCCUGGAUUUGUGUCCUACCCAAUAAAUGCUGAAAUACGUGCCGUUGUUAUCAUCUAGCUGGUUACUAUGUUAUUUAUAACUUAUUGGACUGUUUUUUCAUACUUUACAUUCUGGAUUAAAAAAAAUAUGACCAGAAAAACCUUAAAUGAUCGUCGAUUUUCCCAAAAGUUUUGA